ACACCUCUCCGAAAUUGCCUCCCUUCUCACAGUUGGAGGCCUCUGUUUCUUACAAGGAUAGUCCCUACUUUGCAGUUCUUCUGCUGCCAGUAGUCGGGCAGCGCCGUCCUUCUCAGUCGUUGGUGGGACGCAGAGGAAGUCUGGAUGGGAGUGUGAAAUUCGGGGUUGUCAUAGCAAUCGCUAAACAUUUACUCUCCCUUGGUGCAGACCCUGUAUGCUGUUUUUCUCACCUUGUUUAGCAUCAAUCUGAUAUUUUGGCGUACUAAUGUGGGGAGGAUGCCAAAGAAGAAGCGGAAAACUGUGGACAGGCCUAAUUCUCAGGACCUGGAUCAAAGGGAAGAGGAGCCAGGAAGAUUCCCAGAUGCCAGCUUGGAGCACAGUUUUGAGGAUGCGUGUAUUGUCAUAUCUGACAGUGAUGGGGAGCAGGAGUCAAAAGAGGAAUGCAAUCUGCAGAAGAAGAGAACAAAGCAACGGCUGGAUCGAGCGAAGUUUGCAGCAAAAAGAAAGAUUGCACAGAUGACAGAAGAUGAACAAUUUGCCCUGGCUCUGAAAAUGAGUGAGCAAGAAGCUAGGCAGUUGAACUCCCAAGAGGAGGAAGAGGAAGAGCUCCUAAGAAAGGCCAUUGCUGAGAGCCUCAGUAGCUGCCAGCUUCCUGAGUCUUCUGGUGCAGCUGCUCUGCCUCUUCUUUCCCAGGCACCAGAGUCUUCAGCACAAAGCCACACAGCUGGGCAAGAUGAUUUUGAGCUCCUUACAGCUCAGCUGCCUUGCUCCGAGUGCCGCUCCCUCUCACCCAGCGACAAAGCUGAUGAUGAGAAUGGACAGACACAUGUCGCCAAGAGGCCCUUUGUUGUACUGACGAGGUUAAGCCAGGAGAUAGUCAAAAGCUCACUAGCUUCUAGUAUAAUUGUAUCUCCAGGGAAGAGCCAGCCUUUUGCAAGGUCAAAUGAAAACUCUUGCUCACCAGCAGGGAGCAGCUCCAGUGACACACCCCUCAGUUUUGGAGAGGACAUGCCAGUUACCCUAAGUCCCACAUUUCCCCCAAAGCCUCGGGGCAUUUGGCCACUGGCACCUCAGAGACUUGCUACAGGAGCAUGCAGCCCUCUAAAGCCAACUGGCAAGCUUUUCCAAAACCAUUCAGAAAGAGAGCCCCUUGCAGGUUGCCCAGAAGUCCUGCAGAAAGUGCCUUGGGAGCACAUCAUCUUAAACCAUUCCAGCAGUCCACAUUCUGAGGUGGAGCAGAGCAAGAAGGCCUGCCUUUCUAGUGAGCCUGUAGGAAAGAUUGAAAUGCCUGGAAAAGCUGUGUCACUUUGCACACUUCAUAUGGCUGAGAGGGAAUGCCAGCGACAAGAAGAGAGAGACACCGUGCAUUAUUACUGGGGCAUCCCGUUCUGCCCUAAAGGUGUGGAUCCCAGUCGGUACACCCAAGUCAUCAUGUGCCAACUUGAAGUUUACCAGAAAAGCUUGAAACAGGCUCAGCGGCAGCUCUUGCAGAAGAAGCCCUUUGGGGAGCCGGUUGUUCCCAACUCAUAUUCCUUGAGGCAAAGGGAACGAGGGAAAGAGGAAGAAGCAUUUGGAGGAGGUGAGGGUGCAGAUGAGCAGGAAGGAGAAGAUUCAGAAGAGAAAAAGGAACCUGAGAGCAUUGCCUGGCUACUGGGUCCAACAAAUGGAGAACCUAACAAAAAUCUGGAGGAGAAAGUGGCAGAAGAGAGAUAUUCUGAGCAUCAGGUUGAGCGUGCAAGCAGCUCUUGUCAGGCCUCCCAAGUGCUCUUUGCAGAAGAUGUGCUUGAAGAAAGGGAACCUGUGCAGAUUACACAAAGCAUUUCUGCCUUGACCCCUCUGGACAAUAAGAGAAGCCCGGACAUUUCCACCGAGAAUCACGCUGAGGAAGAGAUCACCGUUUGCCCUGAGACCCAGCCGAGUCCAUCGCAAGCUAUUGAGCCAGAGAGCGGAGAAAUCCAUUCAUCCAGGAAAGAUGUCUCUCUGCAGGGUGAUGCAAAGGAAGAUGCUGCAGAGAACAUGUCUGCCCAUGACCCUCCACCUGAUGACCCUGUGGCAUGUCCACUCUGUGAUCGCAAGUUCCCGGUUUCAGAAAUCGAACUGCAUGCCAUGUAUUGUAAUGGCAUGGGAGAGGACAUAACUGAGGAUGCCCCAGUGAUGACCCGACGACAGAGAGAAGCCAAGUGCAAACUUACUGGAUACGGAGAGACGUCGGAAUCUGUAGGCAAGUGUGAGAAGUGUUAUCUUUGUAAGUCUGUGGUGCCAUGGAAGGAGUACCCGAGGCAUGUCAAUGCCUGCCUUAAGAGUUGCAAUGCCCAUGGAGCCCAGGGGGGCAGGAGGCUGCGGCGUGCAAAGGAGGAGGGAAAGCAGGAAGGUCGACUCUUGAGCAUGCUGGAGCAGUCUGAAAACAAAGCUGCAGAUGCAGAGGCAGUGACACCAUUCAGAGGUGAAGACUUAAGGCACAGCUCAGCAGAGAUGGAUGAGGAGGCUGAUGCCUGGAGUCCCUUUCCCCAAGCUGCUUGCAGUGACUCUCCCAUUAGAUCUUUCACCUCCAUUUCAGAAGCCAAAGACUGCCUAGUGGACUUUAAAAAACAACUGGCUGUUGGCUCAAGCUGUCUCAAACAAACCAAAGCCAGCUUCAAGAGCAGGAAGAAACUCUGAGGGCAGGCGGGGGGAGUGGAGAAGAGGUCUGAGCAAUGAAAAGGAAAGUGAGGCCUUCUAUUCUGGUGGUCCAGUCCUGUCAGGCAGAACCUCAGUGGCUUCAGAUCCCUCUUUCUGUAUAUUUUGUAUGAAUGCUACAGGGACCUCUCAUGUAUUGAACUGAUUGUGUCCUUUAUAGAUGCCUAUUAAGCCUUGAUUUUCAAUUAGAAAGGAAAAUGAAAUAUAUUUAUUAUGUUUUUAUAAACUCCAA